AAUCUCAAAUUUUACAAGUGGGGCAAUGUCAACGUUGUCACGACUUAAAUGAACGUGGGCAAUUAUCAUGAAUUGGUAAAGAAUAGUUUAAUUUGUCCAUUCUAUCUUCAAGUGUAAAUUUUGACAGAUAUGAACGAACCGUUUCCCGCUAUCGGAAACCAAUUCGAAGAGGCGCAGGAAAUACCUAACUCUUCGCAAAGAAAAAACGACUUUCUCUUGGACUUGAGCUUAAGCUCUCACGCCGAAGCUGUUUCUGAAAGACGGUCUGGGCAUUUGUCACCUGAGAGAAGCAAGAGAUACGGAAUGACAGAUUUUGGUGAUAUAUCUGUGGGAGGGAACUUGUUACAAGAAUUCGACCCGUUGUCAUCUCAAAACCAGCUCUCAGUUCACGAAGACCCGUCAUCAGUGAAGACAAAACCAUCCGUCGAAAGAUUAGACUCCAAAGAAAAUAUGGAACUGCGUCGAGCUUCUGGACUUAUUCUAGGUCGUAUUAAAGAAACUAACUUAGCGAAUGCAUCAGUCAGUUCGAGUGAUGAAGCCACUUCUAGUGAUUUUGAUUCAGAACCUGUAGAUAUAGAUGGUACAUGUACAUACAAGUCUAAUCUUAAUGGAAAUGACGGAGCUUUAGAACAUUGUGGAGAUGCAAGCUUAAAUUGUGACCCCGAUAGUGCUGCUAAACAGGAAGCAGAUGCAGCAGAACCAAAUUCAUCAGAAACUUUAAGACCCACUUCUAUUCAUCAAAACUUGAGUGCACUGAAUGAUAACUUUCGUGACAUUGCAAGACAUCGCAUACUAUCAGUGGCUGGUGAUGAUAAAAGUGGCAGGCCUGUGAUUGUUUUCUCUGCUUGCAGAAUUCCACCAAUAAAUUCUAUUGAUCACACACGGCUAUUCAGCUAUUUGCUGUGUACACUUGAUCAGUAUGUGGAGAAUGACUAUACUAUUGUGUACUUUCACUUUGGACUGACAAGCAAGAACAAGCCAGCACUGUCAAGAGUUGUUCAGCUUUACCGUGACCUGGACAGAAAGUAUCGGAAGAACAUCAAAGCUCUCUUUGUAGUUCAUCCUUCCAGCACUAUUAAGCUUUUAUGGGCAACCAUUGCUAAAAUUGCGAGUCCCAAGUUUUCAAGAAAGCUGUUUUAUAUAACUCGACUUCAUGAGCUGGCAGAGUAUGUUCAUCUUGAUCAGAUAGACAUUCCAGUUCAGGUCAAAGAGUAUGAUGAUGGCAUCCAAGUCAAACAUGUUGCACCCAAAGAACCAUCGGGGGUGUUUUACGCAACUCCUACAGAAAUCCCCAAAACACAACAGUUUGGUGUUUCAUUGACAUGGAUGAAAGAAAACAACAAUGAUGAUUGCAUUCCUCCUGUGAUGUCAACAUCAGUGAAGUUCCUGAGGGAAACUGCAUUAGAAGUUGAGGGAAUUUUCCGAAGAUCUGGCAACAUGAAGACUGUUAAAGAUCUCACUCAGAUGUUCAACAAGGGUCUACAAGUGCACUAUAGUGACCCAGAAGACAUUCACUGUGCAGCAGUCAUUAUAAAACGAUUCCUACGAGAACUUCCAGAGCCAAUCCUAACAUUUAAACUUUAUGAUACAAUUGUUAAAAGCACAAUAAUUCCAGAUGAAACAGAGAAGCUGAAGGAAAUGUGGCACAUCUUACACAAUGAACUGCCAGAAGAAAAUUUUGUCCUGUUAAAAUUUCUUAUGGAGUUUUUGUAUGAGGUACUGGAACAUUCUGCUGUAAAUAAAAUGACAUCAAAGAAUCUGGCUAUUGUGUUUGGCCCAAACCUGGUGUGGUCUAAGUCCCAGGCUGCUUCUCUUGAAGCCAUGUCCCAGAUCAACUCAUUCACUCUUCUUUUGCUGGAAAAUGUCAGUUAUUUGUUUGGAACGAGGUGACUGCAGUCUGGUAACAAUAUGUAUAAACAAGAAAUGAAAUGAAGUGUUGACAGAAGUUAGUUGUAUAAAGCAAGACUGUACAUAGUGUGGAAAGUGUCCAAUAGCUUGCAGUCAACUUAAUCUUUUGUUUGCUAUUCAUUAUUUUCAUGUUAAAGUUGAUAGCUGUGGCUUGUGAAAUGUAUAAUGCCAGCCACUCAGUCACCACCUUUGCCCACGCUCUCUGUACAUAAUUAUUGCUGCUAACAGUGGCAACAAGUAUUAAUAAUAUUAUAGAUAAUAUAUAAGUUAAAGUAAACACAAAUCUUGCUGUGUGAGCUCAGUUCAUUCCCACGAGAAGGACAGACUGAGAUUGACAACAAAAUUGCAUACAAGAGAUGUAACUCAUCUGAGAUAAAGCAGUUUUCGCUGAGUGUCAAAAGCAAUUUAAUAUGCUUGAAUUGCUUUGGUUUUGUAUAAUUAAAAAUAUGUACCAUUUUCUGACCCAGUGAGUCAGAGGUAAAACUAUAACCAGUUGGGCCUUGCACAAGUGUUUUCACCUGUGUCUUGCUCUGUUUAACAUAAAUUUACUUUGUGUUUUGAUCUGCACAUUCAAUUUUUUGUAUCCUUUGUGUUGGCCAGAUCAGUUACAGUACAUGCAUUAUUUGCUUUGGCUUUGUUUUAACUGCACUCAGUUGAAAACUGCUCUAUGUUUUGUAUCUUUAUCAAAUUAUUGGUCAGUACCCAGUUCAGAGUUUUCAUGGCUGAAUGUAUUUGAUUUCUGUAGAACUAUAUACAGGGUUCGUACUCUUU